AGCUUUUUGGCCCUUCGAAUGAGCAGUGCUCACACAGACACAGGAGACUCUAGUUUCAAAGGAGCUCGCACUUCGCAGCGGGAUAGAAAGAGUUGCAAAGAGGAAAACUACAGAACUAAAUACUAGAAUAUAUAUAUAUAUAAUACACAAUUACCAUGUAUGAAUGUGUGUAUAUAUAUAUAUAGAUAUGAAUGCGACAGAGGCAUUGCAUACAGUGUUUGUUUUCUUUCAAUGUCAAGCCUGUUGGCUCAGAAGCACGAGCUGAUUGGUGGACUGUCCACGCAGCCUUUGACUCAAGGGCACGAAGCAAUCCUGGAAGCGCCUGCAAGGGCACGACUGCAGCAACCAUGUCCCUGCGGCGUGCAGUCACUCGCACGUCGGAGCUUCUCUCCCUGCGAAAGACCAGCCAGCGGGACCAACUUCGCCUCGGAAGCUAUCCAGUUCCUCCUGAGGCCUAUAUUUGGUGGUGCAAUCGAUCUCAGGUUCCUGGCGGCGAGAUCAAGCAGACCUUCUCGCACUUUCAGCAAAAGAUCAUGUGGCAAUGGUUCUGGAAUGCCCCAACACGUUGGUACUGGCGCCUGUCCUCUUGGGCUUGGCCAGUCGGUGUUCCAGCCCUUCUCAUGUAUAUCUUCGUCUACAAGUCUUGUGAGUGUGACGUAGAAGCAACGCUCAAGGCAAAGUCUUGGUGGUAAAGAGCUACUCGAUUUCCUGUGUGCAUUUGAAGAAGCGAA